AUGGCUUUGAAAUCGGAUAUGUCCAAAGCAUAUGAUAGAGUUGAGUGGACUUAUUUGAUAGCUAUUAUGGAAAAGCUUGGGUUUGGAAAGAGAUGUAUUGAUCUGAUCAUGCAAUGUGUUUCAACUGUAAAGUACUUAGUGCUUGUUAAUGGACAUCCUGGGACUGAGUUCAAGCCAUCUAGGGGUCUCAGGCAUGGUGACCCUUUGUCUCCUUAUCUUUUCUUGCUAUGUGCAGAGGGGUUAAGCUCAUUGGUUUACCAUGCAGAAGAAAUUGGGGCUAGAAGAGGAGUUUCAAUGAGUAAGAGAGGAACAAGUAUCAACUAUCAACUAUUUGCAGAUGAUUUUAUAAUAUUUUGUAAGGCUAGUAUGCAGCAGUGGAGAAUUAUGAAACAACGCUUAGAGAAGUAUGAAAAGGCAUCUAGGCAAAAGUUGAAUAUGCAAAAAACUUCAAUCUUUUUCAACACUAAUACAAAGGUAGAGGUAAAAGAGGAGUUAGCACAAGACAUAGUUUCAAGGAUAUGUGGGGAUGCUGAAAAACAAAGGGAUGUAUUGGGUGCCAAAGCUAGUAGCGGUUCCUCACAGGUGUGGAUAAGUAUGGGUUAUGGGUACCUAAUUGAAGAAGGUAUGCGAUGGAGAGUGGGGAAUGGAGAGAAUAUUAAAAUAUGGGGUGAUAAGUGGCUACCAACUCCUACAACACAUAUGGUUCAAUCACAGGUGGAAACUCUCUUAAGUGAAGCCAAGAUAAAAGGGCUAAUUGAUGAAAAGGGAGGUUGGAAUUCUGCUCUUAUUGAUGAAGUGAUGUGUGCGGAAGAGGUUGUUGUAAUCAAGCACCUACCAAUCAACAGAAGAGGAUCAGAAGACAGAACAUUGGGGGUCAAAGCAAGUCUAGAACGUUUUGUGUAA